AUGUUUUCUCGGAUUCUCCUCCCGAUUUUGGGGCUUCUUAAUCUCGUUGCUGCAUAUGCAAAUCCAGGUGCUUGUUCUGGCAAUUGCUACGCUCAUGACCCUGCUUUGAUCCAGCGUUCAAGUGAUGGCACUUGGUUCAAGUUCAAUACCGGAAAUGGUAUUGGUAUUUGGAAAGCUACUGCAUUGGCUGGUCCCUGGACCUAUGUUGGUGAUGCUUUGAGUAAGAGUAGCAUUGAUUUGACUGGAAACAGUGAUCUUUGGGCACCUGAUGUUCAUCUCGUCGGCUCAACUUAUUACAUGUACUAUGCAGUUUCGAGUUUCGGUACCCAAGACUCAGCAAUCGGAGUUGCAACCUCCGCCACCAUGGAAGUAGGAUCAUGGACCGAUCAUGGUGCUACUGGUGUUACAUCGUCAUCCGGUAAACUUUACAAUGCUAUUGAUCCUAAUCUUAUCUUGGUCGGCAGUACCUAUUAUCUCAACUUCGGUUCCUUCUGGGACGACAUCUACCAAGUAGCCAUGGCCUCAACUCCCACCAAAGCCGGCAGUUCCGCUUCCUACAACCUCGCUUAUAAUUCCACCGGAACUCAUUCAGAAGAAGGCUCCUACAUGUUCUACUAUUCCGGAUACUACUACCUCCUCAUCUCAUCUGGUAUUUGCUGCGGUUACGAUAAAACCAAGCCUGCUCAAGGCGCAGAAUAUAAAAUCAUCAUGGGAAGAAGCAAAACUGCAACCGGAAAUUUCGUGGACCAGAGUGGAAAGGCUUUGUCGGCUGGUGGUGGAACAACUUUGUUGGCUAGUCAUGGAAAUGUUUAUGGACCCGGUGGACAGGGUGUCUAUCUCUCAUCCUCCGGCCCACUCCUCUACUACCACUACGCAAACCCAACAAUCGGUAUCGCAGAUGCAAAUUAUCUCUUCGGAUAUAAUUAUCUCACUUUCACCAACGGAUGGCCUUCGGUGUAA